UCACCUACAGCUACUUUUGUUUAUAGAAACCAGCACGGUUUAAGGAAUUUGAGAAACAUUAAUACUUUUAAUAAUAGGGAAUCACCUAAAUUUUUUAAUUAUCGUUUACCUAAUAAUAAAAAUUUCUACUGUAGUAAUUUAAGAUAUAGUACUACUACUUCAAAGCCACAACAGAAACCGCCUAAAAAUGUUAAUGAAACCAUAAAAAACCGUAAUGUUGGGCCUUUUUCAUGGAAGGGAUUAGUAAUAUUUAUUUUAACAGGAUUGGGUUUAUUAACUUAUUUUAAAAGUGAAAAAAAAAAGGUAUUGGAAAGACGUAAAAGAGAACUAGAAAACAAAUCAUUAGGAAAACCAAAAAUAGGAGGAUCGUUUGAAUUAUUAAAUCAAGAUGGAAAAUUGGUUACAGAUAAAGAUUUUCUUGGAAAAUUUUUAUUCAUUUAUUUUGGGUUUACUCAUUGUCCCGAUAUUUGUCCUGAAGAGUUAGAUAAAAUGUCUAAAGUCAUUGAUAUCAUAAGUAAGGAAGACACUUUGUAUAAUGAAAAGGAAUUUGGUGGUAAUGUUCUAACGCCAAUUUUUAUAUCUUGUGAUCCAAACAGAGAUACUGUUGAGGUAGUUCGCGAGUACAUUAGAGAUUUUCAUAAGGAAAUGGUAGGAUUAACAGGUUCGCACGAACAAAUAUCUAAAGUGGCCAAGUCUUAUAGAGUUUAUUAUAGUCAACCACCACAAUUACAACCGGGUGAUGAGUAUUUAGUCGAUCAUAGUAUAUUUAUUUAUUUAAUGAAUCCAGAGGGAGAAUUUGUUGAUGCUUAUGGUAAAAAUGUUGAUGCUGAGCAAACUGCAUCGAGUAUUAUAAAUCAUGUAAAAGACUUCUUAGAAAGAGGCGGUGUUAUUAAAAAAGAGGAAAAAUGA